AUGAGCAAAUUAGAAACGUUACCAGAUGAAAUCUUACGGGAGAUUUUUCAAUACACUAAUGCUGCCGAUUUAUUUUAUUCAUUUGAUCAACUAAAUCAUCAUUUUACUCGUCUUGUUCGAGAUGUUCCAUUACACAUCGAAUUCUCUCGAGUGACAAAAUUGAUCUACAAGCAGUUUUGUCAACUGAUCUUGUCAAAUUCACAAGUCAAAAGAAAUGUUGUCUCUCUAAGAUUAUCAAAUGGUGAAACUUUUUCAAACAUAAAAGAUUUUCUUCUAGCAAAUCCAUUGGACAGUUUCAUUAAUCUUCGAUCAUUAUCAUUACUUGCUAUUGAUGACACUGAUGUGAAAAUCAUAUCGUUUGUAUUACCAUCGUUAGCAAACUUAUCUCACUUUUCUUUUACUCACAACGAAAAGUUUGGCUAUAAUUGUCUCAUCAGUAGAUAUGGUCUCGCAAAUCCUCAAGCAGUGAAUUUCACAUGGAUUUUUCCACUAAUAAAUUUACGACGAUUAUCAACACCUUAUUUUUAUCAUACUUUAACAUGUGUGGAACGCACGGUCAACUUAACAUCAGUAACAAUAUCCAAAUGUGAUGUAGAUCACGUAUUGCAAUUGUUUGCCUAUGCACCGUUAUUGAAACAAUUGCAAAUUGACCGAGCGUUAAAAUCUGAGAAGAAAAUCGAGGAAUUCACAUCUGUUACUGUGAAUGCUGUCCAUUUGACAAAAUGUAGUAUUUAUUCAUGUGAAAGUAGUUUUAAAGAACUUGAAUUUCUAUUGAAACACACACCAAACCUACGGAUAUUGUCUUUAAGGAAUGCUGAUAAUAUCGAUAUGAUCAAUGCAAUCCGCUGGCAAGAAUUUAUCGAAUUCUCAUUGAAACAUUUAUCCAGCUUUGAGUUCGUGUUUUCCUUGUUUGGUAGCAUUGAUGAUAUACAGGCAGUGUUAGAUAUCUUCAGCAAAUUUCAAGGUGAUUUCUGGCACGAACAACAUCGCUGGUAUACCAAUUAUCAAAUCCAUGAAUAUUCAGCGUUAAUCUACACUAUUCCCUAUCCAGGAAAUGAUUUUUAUUUAUAUUCACCAAUAGACUUACAAAACUCUGUGUUAUCCAAUGAUACACAUAUAUUCGAUAAUGUCAAGACAUUGUCUGUUGAAGUCGAUCAAAAUCCGAGAAAUCUGCCGCAUUACUUUCGAAACGUUCGAUCAUUGGAACUAAACAUCUUUCCAGAGAACCAUCAAUCAGGAUUAACGUAUGGAACUUUCCUUCCUUCAAUCGUUAACGUAUCGAAUGUUACGCACUUGGCAAUCUAUCGUCAUUGUAAGAUAUCACAAUAUUUACACCAAUGCUGA